AAUCAAAACUCGAAAGUGAAAGAAUUUGAGUGUCGCGUGUAGGGGAUUCCCCCAACGUGUGUUGAUGUUUUCGCUUUUGGUCGAUUGAACCAGUCAGAUAUCACAAGCUUGCAAGAACAUUUACCACUUCAUUUCAACAUGCAGCAGGAAGAAAACAACGGUUUUGGACCGUUUUACAAACAAAGAGGAUCAGGGGCGAUAUGGGUCGCGAUUGCAAUCCUUUUGCUCUUCGUUGCAGCGAUAUUCCUAGCUGAAAGAUCUCUCGAGCGCGAAGUUUUUGCGUUCUACGUAUUCGCCUUUAGUUUUUCUCUACUUGCUUUCAUGGUCGGAGAAAUGGCUCGAAGGCUUUGCUUGUUUGGGGAAGAAGCUCUCCAUUGUCGCUCACGCUACGAAGGAAGCAUGAAGAAGGCUUUAAAGGCGGCGUUUGACUUCCAGAACAGAGAACUCAUUGCUGUUAUCGCAAUUAUACUCGGCUUAGGAACCUAUGCUUCCUUCUACGACAUGUGGUAUUCAUACAAGGCCGAGUUUACACGAUUAUUCUUCUUAAACGCCAUUUUUAUUCCCUUAUUUGUGUUCCUGUUCGGAUUGCGCAAUCUUUCACGCGUGGAGUACUCUCAAGUCAACGAAAAAGAAAACAAAAACCUGGCCGAUGGUUUGGCUUGGGGUUAUUACUUUGGAUACCUGAAGUUUGUUUUGCCUGCGUUGGAGAACCAAAUCAAUCUAACUGAAAAGUACCGCUACAAAAUCGAUNUAUAAAUACACACAGUACAUAGCAUUAAAGACGAAGACACUGGCAAGACUUACUAUUGUAUCAUGGAAUACGCYACACCCUUGAUGAGUCUAUUUGACAUGUCAGAAGAUUCCAACGCUGGACUGUCCAGGGAGGAGAGGGACAACCAAGUGAAYCUCUUCGUAGCAAAGCUGAGGGAAAUCCUUGAUCAUAACCCGGAGUGUAAAGACAAGUAUAAGCUUGUUACAUUUGGCGGAGAAAACCAAGACAUCGGCAAGAUCAUGAUAAGAGCCAUGAAAGACUGCACUCUUGACUUUGGCGAGAAAGAUUGAAUAAACAAGACUCGAUUUAUGCCAAAUAUAGAUUUAUGCGCAGGUACAAAAUGUUAGUGAUUGAAUUAUUACGUCCAAUUAAAGAGAGCAAAUAAUUCUAUUAAUUAAUCUUCAGUACGUUUGAUGAUUAUUAUUAUCGCUAUAUACAUUUCACAGAAAUCACGUUCAUGCGCACACAUGUUUUAAUAAGCUCAUGCAUGUGAACAGAACAUGCAAGGUAAAUCUCGCCUAUACUUKGUGUGUUGGUAUUAUAGUCUUGCAUGGAUGAAAAUGCARCUGCUGACAGGACGCGAGUUAACGCUUUUGGUGCGUCUACCUCGAUUGCAUAGCAACGCACACAUCUAUAUUUUGAACAUCUCGUUUUUCUCAUUUGGAUGCAUGCUCGCUAGUACYGCUAUUUCAGUUUCUAAGGUGAUUAUUAAUCACGUUAUCACGUAAGUCAUAGCUUGCUAAUAUACAUUACAAUGCUUUCCUUGUU